UUUUGGGAACUAGGGACUGUUGAAGAAGGUCAUAAAGUGUUUGACAACGUCAAAUCCCCAGGCACUGGGAUGGCAUUCCCUGUGGACCUGCUGGAUAACUACAGUCAUGAAGAUCUGGAGAGUUCUGCAGAAGACUAUCUUUCUGAUCUUAGGUGUGGGGAUCCAGAAAACCCAGAAUUCCUUUCCCUUGUCAAUAAUGUCAAGAUUCCAAUUUGCUUGUCAACGGUAGGCUUUGUCCCUCUUUAUGGUGGAGAGGAGAGACACAAAGUCCUUGCUUUGUUUGCUCCGGAGGAUUCACUUGCAGCUGUUGCCCUGUUCCUUGCAGAUCAGUGGUGGACUAUUGAUGAUAUUGUGAGAACAUCUGUCCUUUCUAGAGAAGGACUUCAGCAGGUGAAGUCUGUUGGGGAAAGAGUGGUUCUUUAUGUACUAAACAGAAUAAUUUAUCGCAAACAAGAAAUUGAGAAAAACGAGUUCCCAUUUCUCUGUCAUGGUAGCCAUGAUUAUGCCAAGAUUCUGUGGAAAAAAGGAGAAGCAGUUGGCUUUUAUUCUGUUAAACCUACAGGGAGCAUGUGUACUGCUUUCCUUACCCAGAGCUACCAGCUUCCAGUCCUGGACACAAUGUUUGUGAGGAAGAAACACAGAGGGAAAGAUUUUGGACUGCUCAUAUUGGAAGAUUUUGUGGAUUCCUUUACGGAAGACAUGCUUGGCCUGCGGUAUCCACUGACAUCUUUUAUGCAUGCUGCUUGUCAGAAGUACUUUGAAAAAUACCCAGGAGAUCAUGAUCUUCUGUGGGAAGUUGAAGGAGUGGGCCAUUGGCAUCAGAGAACACUUGUUGCUAAUAUAUUGCAGAGGGAGACUCUCAAAUACACAGGAGACUUGCAGAAGGAAACCAGCAGUUCUCAGGCUGAGGAGAGCUUUUUGCAGUGUGCUGUAGACCACACCCCAAAUGAACAAGCAACGGAUCCCAGUGAUACACAGCUAAGUAUGGACUCUCAUAAAAACAAAGAUGGCAUAGAUGUAUGUGAAGGCACAUCUGAAGAACUUAAUGCUACACCAGUUUCUACUCGAUCACGAAGCAAUCAUCUGAAACGUCCCAAGUUGGGGAAAAGGAUCCAAGAAUCUGACAUUGCUGAUGGUGAAGAUAUAAAUGUUUCUGAAGCAUCAGAAAACAGACUGGAACCUGCUGCACGUAUGUCUGAAAGCUCAGAAGAGUUGAUAGAAGAGAUCGAAGACAGUGUAGCUGAAUGUGAACCAGAGGAGUUAAUUGAAAAUAAAAAGCAAGCAGUUCAAGAAGUGCAACAAUUGUCUGAGAAACCGGAUGAUAAAGAGGAAUCGUAUGUUGAGUCGCUCAAUGGAGAAUUAACAGAACAUGCUAUCAAGGUUUCAUUGGUGACUGAAGGAGAAAUUGCAAGUGAGGCUAUGGAUGGGGAGUCAAAGCUGCAAGCAGAUAGUUCAGAAGAAGCAACUUUAACUUUACUUGUCCCAUUAAUUCUUGAUUCUUCAGAGAAAUCUCCUGAAGGCAGUGAUGAUAAUAUGUCAGAUAAGGUUGAGAGCAUGGCAGAAUCAGAAGUACCACUAGAAGAGGAACAAGCAGCAGCACAGAGGAAAAGGGCAGCUGUUCAUAAUGCAGAUGUUGCUGCAUCAUCACAAAAGGAAGAGCCCUCCAAUAAUGGCCUUUCAAACUCUGUAGCAAGUGAAGCUCUAGAAGAUACUGUUUCUGAGAAUGUCUCCCCCAAUACAACCUCUUCCUUGGAGGAGCAAAGUGAAGGAGGGUCUGACUCACCAGAGGCUGCUGUGGCUCUGGGUCAGGGGUCCUUAGUGAUGGUUGAACUGGAGGAUAUUGCAUACCAGCAGCACACAGAAGGGCAAAAGAACCAGCUGGAUGAACAAUCGGAAGAGUCAGCUGAGCCAGCAUCUGAGAGAGCUGCAGACAGCAGUUCUGAGGAAGUGGAAGUGGAAGUUCCCAUAAUAGACAGGCGGACCUUACGAAGAAAGGCCAAAGGGUACAAGGGACCACCCAAGAAAAAAGGAAAGCUAAUUUAAAACGUGAGCUGUUACAGCUGGAGCAGUUACUGUGUGUGUAUUUUUUUCAAUAGGUUAUUUAAAAUAAAACUUUAUUGAACAGCAGAACGCAUACAUCUUCAAACACUGGAAUUUACAUGCCUCCCCUUAAAUCACUGCAGACACCAAUUAAGUAUGGAAGUCAAUGGCCAAUCUUGAUAAAUAAUAAAGUAUAGUAAUUUGGUAGACGUAAUACUGUUGCAUCGUUGUUAGAGACAUUAGAGAAGCCCAAUGUAUUUCAUCUGGCAUUGUAAUCACUUGGCUAUAUGACGUGGCUCUUGAUCCUGAACUUGCUUUUAAUGAUAACUGUUCCUUCAGAAUGCCGAAGGAUAGCCAUGGUUUAAUAGAGGCUAUACGCCAGGCACUUCAGUGGUUCCCACAACUCUAGAACGUUUCCAGUUAAAGUCCCUUGAGUCUGAUCUGCAUUCCAUUGAAGGAUUAAUCAAACAUCUUGGUGUGUGAUAAUUUACUGAGAACAGAUUCUCUAAUAGUCUUUUCAGAAACAAUAUUAUUUCAUAGUAAAUGAAAAUCUUUUUUGUUAAAAAGAAUUUCAAAAUAUGACAGUAUUUGUAUUUGGUUGUUAGCAUCUUUUCUCAUUUCAUCUUCAGGAGUUUGCAUCCAACUUUGAUUAUUAAACCAGGUGUACAUGCUCUCUGUUAUGGACUAGUUAAAUUGAAUUCUUGAUUUACAUUGGACAUCUUUG